GACUCAUGAAUCUUCGAGCCAAUAAGCUCUUAGAUGCAGCAGGGGUAAAUUCCUUAUCGCUUAUCGCAGCCUUACCCCUCUGCACUCCUAUUAACUCCACAACGACUACUCCAAGUCACACUCAUUGUUCAUGUAAAUAUGAAACUACCCAUUCAUAGAAUCAACCAUGAAUGAUACCCAACUAGGACCCCCUCCUAUAGAAACCACAGUUCUACUCCUGGGCGAUUCCGAAGUAGGUAAAUCAACCUUCUUAUCCCAACCCCCCUCCAAUCUCUCCCCCUCCGCCACCUCAAAACAAACCCACCUCCUCCUCGAUUCCCACCAGCCAUUCACCUUCGGCAUCCGCUUCUCCAACACCCCUUACCGCCUAAAUUUCUACGACACCUCUUCGCCUGUCGAUUGGAAAACAUUGAAACCCAAUGUUGUUGUACUCUGUUAUGCCGUUUCAAAUCGGCUAAGUUUGAUCAAUCUACAGAGACUUUGGGCCAAAGAACUCCAAACUGCCUUUCAAUACGAGCUCCCCAUCCUCCUCCUCGCUCUCAAGCGCGAUCUCCGAUCCGAAAAAGAUCCCAACGGGAUUAUCUAUCCGCAAGAAGGCCAUCGCAUUGCGCAGGAAUUGAGAUGCGAUCGAUACAUGGAAUGUUCAUCCAUGACCGGCGAGUUAGUAGCAGAAGUAUGGGAGGAUAUCAGCCGCACCGCCGUUCUAGCUGCUGGGGGAGGAAAAGCGGGUUCAGAUGGUGAUGGUGGGCUAAGCGACGGGGGAUGCUCAAUUAUGUAAAGCUAGAUGUGAGAGGAAAUUUAAGCACGUGUAGAAUUUUGUGUCCGGUUUCAAUUCAGCUAUAGUUAAUUUUGUAUUCAAAAAUUGCACUGCCUAACAAGUUAAGAUGCAUAGAUUGUAUAUCA